AUGGCGCCUCUCCCAAUCAAGUUCACAGAACUGGUCAAUUUGACCGCAGUCGGCAUUGCGCCGGAAUCAAUUGGCUUCACAUCCUGCACACUAGAGUCCGAUCACUACGUGUGUGUACGCCAGAAGCUUGAUACAGACGACAAGCCCCAAGUCAUUAUCAUCGACCUCAAGAACAACAAUGAAGUCCUCCGUCGUCCCAUCAACGCCGACAGUGCAAUCAUGCACUGGAACAAGAACAUCAUCGCCCUCAAGGCCCAGGGCCGGACAAUCCAGAUCUUCGACCUUGGCGCGAAGCAAAAGCUCAAGUCAGCUGUGAUGAACGAAGAUAUUGUGUACUGGAAAUGGUUCAGCGAGCAGUCCUUGGGUCUGGUCACUGACACUGCGGUCUACCACUGGGACGUCUACGACUCUACACAACAGAACCCCGUGAAGAUGUUCGAUCGACUCCCCAACUUGAGCGGCUGCCAAAUUAUCAACUACCGCGUUAACGCCGAGGAGAAGUGGAUGGUUGUGGUUGGUAUCAGCCAGCAGCAAGGCCGCGUCGUUGGAUCAAUGCAGCUCUACUCAAAGGAGCGUGGAAUUUCUCAGUUCAUCGAAGGUCACGCCGCCUCUUUCGCCAACAUCAACGUCGAGGGCUCUCCCUUACCACACAGCCUCUUCACAUUUGCCGUUCGCACUCAGACUGGAGCUAAGCUGCAAAUCGCCGAAAUCGACCACCAAGAACCCAACCCCCGAUUCCAGAAGAAGGCUGUUGAGGUCUACUUCCCCCAGGAGGCGGUUAACGAUUUCCCCGUUGCGAUGCAGGUGUCCAGCAAAUACGAUGUGGUUUACCUCGUUACAAAGUACGGCUUCAUUCACCUCUACGAUCUCGAGACCGGUACUUGCAUUUUCAUGAACCGCAUUUCCAGCGAGACAAUCUUCACCACAGCCCAGGACUCCGAGGGUGCCGGUCUGGUCGGUGUGAACCGCAAGGGUCAGGUCCUGUCGGUCAGUGUCGACGAGACCAACAUCAUUCAGUAUCUGAUGGAGAACCCUGCUAUGUCUGGUCUUGCUGUCAAACUUGCCUCGAAGGCCGGCCUUCCUGGCGCGGACCACCUCUACCAGCAGCAAUUCGACAACCUCAUGAACCAAGGCAACUUCCCCGAGGCCGCCAAGGUUGCUGCCAACUCCCCUCGUGGGUUCCUCCGUACCCCCGAGACCAUCAACCGUUUCAAGAACGCCCCUCAGACUGGCCAGAUGUCGGUUAUUCUGCAGUACUUCGGUAUGCUCCUGGAUAAGGGCUCGCUCAACAAGUACGAAAGUGUGGAGCUUGUCCGUCCCGUCCUGCAGCAGAACCGUAAGCACUUGCUUGAGAAGUGGAUGCAGGAGAAGAAGCUUGAGGGCUCGGAAGAGCUUGGUGAUAUCAUUCGCCCUUACGACAUGAGUCUUGCUUUGAACGUCUACCUCCAGGCCAAUGUUCCUCACAAGGUCGUUGCUGGAUUCGCCGAGACUGGACAGUUCGACAAGAUCCUUGCCUAUUCCAAGCAGGUCGGUUACCAGCCAGACUACACCCAGCUCCUCCAGCACAUCGUGCGUGUCAACCCCGAGAAGGGUGCCGAGUUCGCUACCCAGCUUGCUAAUGAAGAGAGCGGUGCUUUGGUUGACCUUGACCGAGUUGUGGACGUGUUCCUCUCACAGAACAUGAUUCAGCAAGCUACCUCGUUCCUUCUGGAUGCCCUGAAGGACAACAAGCCCGAGCACGGCCACUUGCAAACUCGUCUUCUGGAGAUGAACCUCGUCAACGCUCCCCAGGUUGCGGAUGCUAUCCUUGGUAACGAGAUCUUCACCCACUUCGAUCGUCCGCGUAUCGCCCAGCUUUGCGAGAACGCCGGUCUCAUCCAGCGUGCCCUCGAGAACUCUGACGAACCCUCCGUGAUCAAGCGCAACAUUGUGCGCACUGACAAACUGAGCCCCGAGUGGCUCAUGAGCUACUUCGGUCGCCUCUCCGUCGAGCAGAGUCUGGACUGCAUGGACACCAUGCUUGAGUCGAACAUUCGUCAGAACCUCCAGGCCGUGGUCCAGAUUGCCACCAAGUUCUCUGACCUUCUUGGUUCCAACCGUCUGAUUGACCUCCUGGAGAAGUACCGCACUGCUGAGGGUCUCUACUACUACCUGGGAUCCAUCGUCAACCUGAGCGAGGACCCGGAGGUGCACUUCAAGUACAUUGAGGCUGCCACUACUAUGAACCAGGUCACCGAGGUUGAGCGUAUUUGCCGUGAGAGCAACUUCUACAACCCCGAGAAGGUGAAGAACUUCCUGAAGGAGGCCCACUUGACCGAGCAGCUGCCUCUGAUCAUCGUCUGCGACCGUUACAACUUCAUCCACGACUUGGUCCUCUACCUGUACCAGAACCAGCAGUUCAAGUCUAUUGAGGUCUAUGUGCAGCGUGUCAACCCCUCGCGUGCCCCUGCCGUUGUUGGUGGCUUGUUGGAUGUUGACUGUGACGAGAGCAUCAUCAAGAACUUGCUUUCUACCGUCGACCCUUCUGUCAUCCCCAUCGAUGAGCUCGUCUCCGAGGUCGAAACCCGCAACCGCCUCAAGCUGCUCUUGCCCUUCCUCGAGGCUACUCUCGCUACUGGCAACCAGCAGCAAGCCGUCUACAAUGCACUGGCGAAGAUCUACAUUGACAGCAACAACGACCCUGAGAAGUUCCUGAAGGAGAACGACAUGUACGACACCCUGACCGUUGGAAAGUACUGCGAGAAGCGCGAUCCCAACCUGGCCUACAUUGCUUACCGUAAGGGUCAGAAUGACCUGGAGCUCAUCAGCAUCACCAACGAGAACUCCAUGUACCGCGCCCAGGCCCGCUACCUUGUUGAGCGUGCCGAUCCCGAGAUCUGGACUUUCGUUCUCAGCGAGAACAAUGAGGGUCGUCGCUCCCUUGUUGACCAGGUCAUCGCCACCGCCGUUCCUGAGUCCACUGAGCCCGACAAAGUCUCUGUGGCCGUCAAGUCGUUCCUCGAGGCUGACCUUCCUGGCGAGCUGAUUGAGCUGCUCGAGAAGAUCAUUCUAGAGCCCUCGCCUUUCAGUGACAACGCCAGCUUACAGAACCUUCUGAUGUUGACCGCUGCCAAGGCCGACAAGAGCCGUCUGAUGGACUACAUCCAUCAGCUCAAUGAGUUCUCUGCCGAUGAGAUUGCCGAGAUGUGUAUCAGCGUAGGCCUGUACGAGGAGGCCUUCGAGAUCUACAAGAAGGUCAACAACCCCCUGGCCGCCGUCAACGUCCUUGUGGAGAACAUUGUCAGCAUUGACCGUGCUCAAGAGUUCGCUGAGCGUGUCGAGCUGUCUGAGGUGUGGAGCAAGGUUGCCAAGGCCCAGCUGGAUGGUCUUCGUGUCACCGACUCGAUUGAGUCUUACAUCCGCGCUGAGGAUCCCUCCAACUACAACGAGGUCAUUGAGACCGCCACCCACGCCGGCAAGGAUGAGGACCUUGUCAAGUUCCUCCGUAUGGCCCGCAAGACUCUGCGCGAGCCCGCCAUUGACACUGGUCUUGCCUUCUGCUUCGCUCGUCUCGACCAGCUCGCUGAGCUUGAGGAUUUCCUUCGUUCCACCAACGUUGCCGACAUUGAGACUUCCGGUGACAAGGCCUACGCCGAGGGAUACCACCACGCCGCCAAGAUCUUCUUCACCAGCAUCUCCAACUGGGCCAAGCUCGCAACUACCCUUGUUCACCUUGAGGACUACCAGGCUGCUGUUGAGUGUGCCCGCAAGGCCAACAGCGUCAAGGUCUGGAAGCAGGUCAACGAGGCCUGUGUUGACAAGAAGGAGUUCCGUCUUGCUCAGAUCUGUGGUCUCAACCUCAUUGUCCACGCCGAGGAGUUGCAGAGCCUUGUCCGCCAGUACGAGCGUAACGGAUACUUCGAUGAGCUCAUCACUGUCUUGGAGGCCGGUCUUGGUCUCGAGCGUGCUCACAUGGGUAUGUUCACUGAGUUGGGCAUUGCGCUGUCCAAGUACCACCCCGACCGUGUCAUGGAGCACCUGAAGCUCUUCUGGUCUCGCAUCAACAUCCCCAAGAUGAUCCGCGCUACCGAGGAGGCCCACCUCUGGCCCGAGCUGGUGUUCCUGUACUGCCACUACGAUGAGUGGGACAACGCUGCUCUUUCUAUGAUGGAGCGUUCCACCGAUGCCUGGGAGCACCACUCCUUCAAAGACAUCAUUGUCAAGGUUGCCAACUUGGAGAUCUACUACCGGUCGCUGAACUUCUACCUCCAGGAGCAGCCUCUUCUGCUCACCGAUCUCCUCCAGGUGUUGACCCCCCGCAUUGACGUCAACCGUGUUGUCCGCAUCUUCCAGAGCUCUGAUAACAUCCCUCUGAUCAAGCCUUUCCUGCUCAAUGUGCAGUCCCAGAACAAGCGGGCUGUUAACGAUGCCAUUAACGAGAUCUUGAUCGAGGAGGAGGAUAACAAGCUGCUGAAGGACUCUGUUGACCAGAACGACAACUUCGAUGCUGUUGCUCUGGCCCAGCGCCUCGAGAAGCACGACCUCAUCUUCUUCCGCCAGAUUGCAGCCAACAUCUACCGCAACAACAAGCGCUGGGAGAAGUCCAUUGCUCUGUCCAAGCAGGACAAGCUUUACAAGGAUGCCAUCGAGACCUCCGCCAUCUCCACCAAGGCCGAUGUUGUGGAGGAUCUGCUCCGCUACUUCGUCGACAUUGGCAGCCGCGAGUGCUACGUCGGCAUGCUCUACGCUUGCUACGACCUCAUCCGCCCGGAUGUCAUCAUGGAGAUCUCAUGGCGCAAGGGCCUGAACGACUUCACCAUGCCUUACAUGAUCAACUUCCUGUGCGAGCAGACCCGCUCCAUUGAGAUGCUCAAGAAAGACAACGAGGAGCGCAAGAACCGCGAGAAGUCCACCCGCACCGAGGAGGACAACACUCCUAUCCUGCAGGGCUCUAGACUUAUGCUGACCCAAGGUCCCGCCCCUGGCAGCCCCAUGCCGUACCAGUCCAACGGUCUGACACCUCAGGCCACUGGGUACCGCGGGUUCUAG